CCCAAAUUCAAGAACUGAGUAUGAUUGGGCGAUGGUAGGCAGCCACGUCCGACGGCUGUUACAUCGUCUUCUUUCCAUAACUGGGUUUCUUCCCUUUCCUAACCUAAUCCCUCUUAUUUUUCUUCAUUCACCCUAACUUCUCAAAUCUCCCCCUUUCUUUUCUUCUCCCUUUGGAACCCUAUCUAACCCCCCCUUUUUAUGCAGAUUCUAAUUCACCCCCAUUGCUUUCUCUCUGCAAACGCACGCCGAUUUUAGCCCCUCCCAAUUCCGCCCUUCGUAACUUCCCAUCCCAGACACUCAAAGGUCAUGACUGGGAAGCGAGUUAUAGCCAUAUGCCAGUCGGGUGGUGAGUUUGAGGCUGAUAAGGAUGGGUUACUCUCCUAUAAAGGCGGAGAUGCUCAUGCUAUGGAAAUCGAUGACCAAAUGAAUUAUGAAGAUUUCAAGACGGAGGUAGCUGAGAUGUUUAGCUGUAGUCUCGCUACCAUGUCUAUUAAAUAUUUCCUCCCCGGCAAUAGGAAGACUCUUAUCACCAUCUCCAAUGAAAAGGACCUCAAGCGCAUGAUCAAAUUCCAUUGUGCAUCUGAGUCCGCCGAGAUAUAUGUUAUGGCUGAAGAACCGGUUGCUCUUGAUGUGUCUAACAUGCCAGCCAGUAGGUCAAGCCGGACAACUUUGUCAGAAUCUGGUGUUCCAGUUGAUGCUCCACCAAGCGUUACAGAGGAUAUUGUGGAUGACCCUGACCAACCUGUCCUUCUGCUCGAUGAUGCCUUUGAUAUCGUUGGUGACACGAGCACCGCUGAUGCUCAAAUGGAGAUGUCUGCUGAAAUGCCUGUCCCCGUUUCUUUUGCUGUUAACUACAACGAGAAGAACGCGAAAGCUGCUCAGCAAUGGCAGAACAGUAUUACGGGUGUGGGCCAAAGGUUCAAUACUGUACAUGAAUUCAGGGAAACACUGCGCAAAUUUGCAAUCGCCAACCAAUUCGCUUUCAAGUACAAGAAGAAUGACAGCCAUCGUGUGACUGUAAAAUGCAAAGCAGAUGGGUGCCCAUGGCGAAUUCAUGCAUCAAGGUUGUCAACCACUCAACUAAUUUGUAUUAAAAAAAUGAAUCCUACCCAUACAUGUGAAGGAGCUGUUGUUACAACGGGUUAUCAGGCAACAAGAAGUUGGGUGGCAAGCAUUGUAAAGGAGAAGCUUAGGGUUUUCCCUAAUUACAAGCCUAAGGACAUCGUCAAUGACAUCAAACAGGAAUACGGGAUCCAACUAAAUUACUUCCAGGCAUGGCGUGGUAAAGAGAUUGCCAAGGAGCAGCUUCAAGGCUCAUACAAGGAGGCAUAUAGUCAGUUACCACUCUUCUGUGAGAAGAUCAUGGAGACGAACCCUGGCAGUCUUGCAACAUUCACGACUAAAGAGGACUCGAGUUUUCAUCGACUCUUUGUGUCGUUCCAUGCUUCAUUGUAUGGCUUUGAACAAGGCUGCAGGCCUCUGCUUUUCCUCGAUGGUAUAUUUUUGAAGUCAAAAUAUCAAGGCAAUCUUUUGGUAGCAACAGCUGCUGAUGGGAACGAUGGUGCUUUCCCCGUAGCUUUUGCUGUAGUGGACACAGAAUCUGAUGAUAAUUGGCAUUGGUUCCUACUCCAACUGAAAACCGCACUGUCUAUGUGCCGUGGUAUUACUUUUGUGGCCGAUAGAGAAAAGGGGCUAAAGAAGUCCAUUGCUGACAUAUUUCAGAAUGAAGAUGUCUUCCAUGGAUACUGUAUUCGCUACUUGUCUGAACAGCUAAUUAGAGAUUUAAAAGGACAGUUUUCCCAUGAAGUUAAGCGUCUGUUAGUUGAUGAUUUUUAUACUGCUGCCUAUGCCGCUAAACCCGACAGCUUCCAGACGUGCGUUGAAAGCAUCAAAGGUAUUUCACCCGAGGCUUACAACUGGGUUAUGCAAAGCGAGCCUGUUCACUGGGCAAAUGCAUUCUUUCCCGGGACACGAUAUAACCACAUGGCUUCAAACUUUGGCGAGAUUUUCUAUAACUGGGUAGCAGAUGCACAUGAAUUGCCAAUCACCCAGAUGGUCGAUGCUAUACGUGGCAAAAUCAUGGAUUUGAUAUAUAGCAGGCGGACAGACUCGAACCAGUGGAUGACAAGGCUAACUCCAUGUAUGGAGGAAAAGCUAGAGAAGGAAAGCCUUAAAGUUCGGUCUCUUCAAGUGUUGAUGUCGCCUCGUAAUAAGUUUGAAGUGCACGGGGAAACGGUGGAAUAUGUUGACGUUGAUCACUGCGAUUGCAGUUGUCGAGGAUGGCAGCUCUCGGGCUUACCUUGCUGUCACGCUAUGGCUGUCAUUAGUUGUCUCGGCCGCGAUCCAUACAGCUAUUGCGCUAGAUACUUCACAACAGAUAGUUACAGGUUGACUUAUUCGGAAUCAGUGCACCCGAUUCCAAGUUUAGAUAGCCUUACACAUAACAACGCUUCUUCACAAACUGUUGUAACCGUAACCCCUCCUCCAACUCGUCGCCCACCAGGUCGGCCUACUACUAAGAACUUAGGCCCGAACGAAAGGCGCCAAGUUCAAUGCAGUAGAUGCAAGGGCAUUGGCCACAACAAGUCGUCUUGCAAAGAAGGCGUGCUGGAGAGCUAGCCUAGUUUAUGUAGAGGUAUGUAGUAGUCGAGAACUUUCUAGAUGCAUGAGCCAUAAUUGCGUAUAUCUAUUUGUAUAUGCGAAUGCAGCAAGAUUGAUUCUAUAUUAUAACUUAUUAUAAGAGAGAGACUGAUUUGUUUCCAUAGAUUGCCAAUUCAUUUGCCCUA